CGGCUCCCCUGCCCGCUGCUGCAUCACGGUGGCUCUGCAGAAACCCGAGCCGUGACCUCAGCUCCCUAUUCGUAGCGGGUGACUCGUCCCCAGGAGCCAGCACUGCUAUUUCGGCUGGCGGAUAAUCAGCCGCUCAAAAAUAGGCGACAGCCCCGGGGGGGCCGCGUGGGGAGAGAGCGUUCUGGAAGCGGCCCGCCCCCGGGCAGCGGGGUAUAAAGCCGGCGGCGGCGGCCGCAGCCCGGCACAACCACCCGCCCUGCGCCGAGCCCGCGCCGAGCCCGCGCCGCCCGCCGAGCAGCGGAGAUGCUGUGCCGCCUGCACUUCGCGCCGCCCGCCGGCGCGCUCUUCCCGUGGCUGGGCCCCGUGCGCACGCUGUGGCCGCAGCCCGGCGCCCUCUUCGCCGAGCUGGAGCGGGAGCUGCGGCAGGAGAUGGAGCGGGCGCGGCAGUUCAUGAGCAGCUUCGAGCAGCUCCUCGGCAGCGGCGGCGGCAGCGCCGGGCGCCUCAGCAUCGCCGGGGACCGCGCCCCGGGCGCCGGCUCCGACGGCUUCUCCGUGUGCCAGGACGUCAAGGACUUUGCCCCCGAGCAGCUGUCGGUGAAGGUGGUGGGCAGGAAGGUGGUGCUGGUGGGGCAGAAGGAGACGCAGAGCGCGGACGAGAAGGGCUCCUUCUCCUACAAGUACGAGGUGCUGAAGCGGGAGUGGGACGUGCCCGAGGAGGUGGACGCCGAGGCGCUGACCUGCUCCCUGUCCGCCGAGGGGCAGCUCCGCAUCGAGGCCCCCAAACGGGCGCUGCCGGCCGCCCCGGAGAGGAACGUGCCCAUCCAGCUGGCGCCGGCCGUGGCGCAGGUGGCGGCUGAUGACAGCGCCGAGCGGGCCAAGGCCUGAGGGGAGCCGCGCGCGGCCGGGCUGCGCCUGGCCUCCGCGACGGCCAACGCGUGUGGCUUCGUUUUGAUAUGGAAUAAACCUUUCCCCACUUUUUUG